CAGCCCUUCUCCGGCUCCCUGUACGGGUUCUCCAUCUUCGCCAGCGGCUGAGGAAAGAACAAUAAUAGGACCGCAGUAGCGGACGAUGGCGUUGCUCACAUACAUACCGUUGGUUCGUGCGCCGCCGCGAGGCUCCGUAAACCUGAGGACAGCGGUGAGAUGAGAGGACAAACAAAGCCUGCAAACAUGCGAGAGUGUGUAGGAGACUUACUGGAGGACGCCUGUCGAGCCAGAGCGGGUUUGAGCCGCUGAAGUCCUCUCAGGGCGGACAUGUUGACCUGUCAGCGUGGCGGAAGCUGUCCGUUACUGUUUUGGCUCCUCGCGUUUUUUUUCGUUCCUCCUUCUUGUGAGAUUGAAUUUACGUGUCUAGAUUUGCAAGGCAGCUGUUAGUUUUGCACAUUUCUCUACAUCUGAUUAGCCUUCAUUUACUUUUUUUAGUGACGUAUUGGAGAUGCAGAUAUGUUUAACGGAGCCGCUGAUUGAACCCGGACAUAUUAAGCCCGAGGAGGCGAGGAUACCCGCUCAGUACGAAAUCCGAGUCAGACGGAUCUGUUCGAGGAAGCGGUCCAGAGACGGCCUGAGGAGCCAUCUGACCCCCGCCGGGAAACGGUCAGCAGCACCGGGUCAUCCGCGAUGCUCCUGGGGCUCCAGCAUGUCAGAGGCGGAGGCAGAGUUCUGUAGUGACAGUGAGGACCUGUUUGGGAACUAUGACAGCCUCCUGGAGAACAGUUCGGUGCUGGCCCAGCUGGAUCAUGUGGAGGAGCUGGAGAGGCAGCAAGCCGAUCCCUCUGCACCCAUGGACCAGGAGCUUCUCUCAGACUCCAUCCUGGACGAGAACUUGGUGGAGGGGCUUCCAGACAUGUCUCACCGAACCAUCAAAAAAUGCAAACUCCAGGAGAUGGAAAGGGAUGUGAACCCGAGCAUAACUUCCGUAGAGGACAGAUUGCGAACAGUGGCCAGGAGACGAAGUGAGCUGCUGAAGGAAACCAUGCUCAGCAAUGCUGCUGCUCCUGCUGUCGUCUCACGCUCCGCCGCUCUGAAGGAGGCGGUGGUCACCAAGGAGAUCAGCGUGGCCAUGCAGGCCAUGGAGAGCGUGUCCUCCCAGAAUCCAGACCUGGGCCCAUUCUUCGGGCUCCCAACUCGUGUGAAGGAUCUGGUCUUCACAUCGAGGGGGAUCAAGAGUCUUUACGACUGGCAGGAGACAUGUCUGAACCUGGACUGUGUGCAGCAGAGGAGGAACCUCAUCUACUCUCUGCCCACCAGUGGAGGCAAGACCCUAGUGGCUGAAAUCCUCAUCCUCAGAGAGCUCCUCUGUCGGAAGCGCGACUGUCUCUUCAUCUUGCCGUAUAUUUCCCUGGUCCAGGAGAAGGUCCAGGGUCUGGCAGGUUUGGGUGUGGAGCUGGACUUCCUGGUGGAGGAGUACGCAGGCAGUAAGGGCCGCUUUCCUCCGGUCCGGCACAGGAACCGGCGCUCACUAUACGUGGCCACGAUCGAGAAGGCCCACAGUCUGGUCAACUCUCUGGUGGAGGCGGGCCGGCUGGAGGUCCUGGGCCUCGUGGUGGUGGACGAGCUUCAUAUGUUGGGAGAUGGCAGCCGGGGCGCGCUGGUGGAGAUGACCCUGAGUAAAGUCCAGUUUGCCAGUGAGAGCACUCAGAUCAUUGGGAUGAGCGCCACCUUGGGGAACAUCGGAGACCUGCAGGCGUUUCUAAAGGCUGAAAACUACACCAGCGACUUCAGACCCGUGGAGUUGAAGGAGUUCGUCAAACUGGGAGAUUCCAUAUAUGAAGUGGAUGCUCAAGCCGAAGAGUGUUUCCGGUUCUGUCGCCUUCUCCGCUUAAAGUACUCCAGCUCCAUGCAGAAGAUGGACCCUGACCACAUCAUCGCCCUGGUGACCGAGGUGGUUCCAACGCACUCCUGCCUCGUCUUCUGUCCCACUAAGAAGAACUGCGAGAAUGUGGCCACCAUGAUCUGCAAGUACCUCAGAGAAGACUUUGUGAAGCUCCGGCUGGAAGAGAAGAAGGUUCUGCUGCAGGAGCUGAAGGAUGCCGGGAAUGGUUCUGUGUGUCCGGUUCUGCAGCGGACGAUUCCGUACGGCGUGGCUUACCACCACAGCGGCCUGACCAGCCAGGAGAGGAAGCUGGUGGAGGAGGCAUAUUCCCGUGGAGUCCUGUGUCUGCUCACCUGCACCUCCACUCUGGCUGCCGGGGUCAACCUUCCAGCCCGCAGGGUGAUCCUGCGCUCGCCGUAUGUGGCCACAGACUUCCUGAAGAGGAGCCAGUACAAGCAGAUGGUGGGCCGGGCAGGUCGGGCUGGGAUCGACGCCAUCGGCGAGAGUGUCCUCGUCCUGCAGGACAAGGACAAGAUCAUGGCCAAGUCGCUGGUGUGCGCUCCGAUGGAGGAAUGUCUCAGCAACCUGCUGGCAGACGGAGGGCAGGGUCUGCUGACCCUGGUGCUGUCCAUAAUCGGGCUGAAGAUGGCCCAGACGCUGGAGCAGGUGAGGCACUUCUUUCGUGGCACUCUGCUCUUCGUGCAGCAGGCGGCACUCUGCUCGCCCAGCUCUUUGUGGGAGGUGGUGGACCAGAGUCUGGAGACGCUGAAGGAGAAGGGUCUCAUCACCGUGUCGAGUGGAACCCUCCAGGUCACUGACCUGGGCCGGGCCUCCUUCAAAGGCUCAGUGGACCUGAGCCACUCUGACCAGCUCUACCGGGACCUGAGCUGUGGACUGGAGGGACUGCUGCUCAACAGCUACCUGCACCUGCUGUACCUGGUGACACCCUACGAGCUGGUGGCACAGAGCAAACCGGACUGGAGGAUCUUUCUCGAUCAGUUCUCUCUCCUCUCAGGUUCGGAGCAGAAGAUGCUGGCGUCGCUCGGAGUCCCUGAGAGUUUUGUGGUCAGGAAAGCUGCAGGUCAAACGGUGAAGAAGGGAACAGACAUGGAGGUGGUCCACAGGGUGUACCUGGCGCUGGUUCUGCUCCGUCUGCUGAAAGAAACCAAUCUGUGGAGUGUGGCUGAGAAGUUCCAGCUUAGUAGGGGGUUCCUCCAGACCCUGCUCAGCUCUGCAUCAGCUUUCUGCUCCUGCGUGCUGAACUUCACCCAGGAGCUGGAGGAGCUGUGGCCCUUCAGGGCACUCCUGGCGGAGCUGACCCGCCGACUAAGCUACUGUGUCAAGUCCGAGCUGAUCCCUUUGAUGGAAGUUGUCGGGGUCACGGAGUCUCGAGCCAAGCAGCUCUUCAGCGCCGGCUACACAACACCAAGUCACCUGGCUAACGCCGACCCGGCACUCCUCUGCAAAACUAUCCAGAACCUUUUCAAGAAGCAGGCCAACCAGAUUGUGGCCUCAGCUAAGAUGCUUCUGAAGGAAAGAGCAGCUGUGCUGCAGGAGGAAGUGGACCACCUGCUGACCACGCCCACUGACCUCCCCUCAGCCCCCGCUGAGGUGUCACAUCACACUGGAGUUUGACUUUUAAUUCCUGACAAUAAAGUUUCUGG